UCCCUACCGCCGCGUGGCAUUGACCACGAUGCGAAAGCAUACAACCGAUGCGAACCUAUAAAUACAAGUUUCGACAUCAUUGGAAUCUUGUCCGUUUUGAAAAGGCAUUAUGACAACGCAUCACGAAAUGGCUCUCGCGAUUCCACUACACAUCUUGAGGAGAAAAUUCAAUGGCAGCAGAAGAAACUCUCAGACGCUGAAAUUCAGGAAAACUUGGGACAACUCAACGGUUGGACCGUCGAAAACGGUAAGUUGCACAAGGAAUUCCAGUUUGAUACCUUCGUCACGGCGUUCGGUUUCAUGGCACAACUCGCCUUAAUCGCCGAAUCCAUGAACCACCAUCCCGAAUGGUUCAAUGUCUAUAACCGUGUGACGAUUGACCUGAUGACACACGAUGCAGGUGGUAUCAGCGAACUCGAUUUUCAGUGGGCAAAGCACGCAGACGCGAUUAGCGGUUAA